AUGAUUGUAGAAAUUUUUUCUUUUUGCCAACUUUAUUACAGGCAGCACGAGGAAGAUUAUCUGAUGACCGAUGAGGAGUUGUUGUGCAGUAUUUUGGAACAGUGCCCCAGCAUUUGUCCGCCAAGGAAGAUGCCCUAUGAAGAAACCGCUAUCAUUGAAUAUGAUAUGCCACAGAAAUUUAAACAGUCUUUGAUGUUGGCUUAA